UGCCCGAGGGAAAAGGAGCGACAAGAUUACAGUCUUCUCCCAUGGCUUGAGAGAGUACUUUCUGCUUAUCCGAAAGGCAUUAGGCUAAUUGAUAGUCUUCAACAUAGCAAUUGCAACUCGUGAAUGUCGGCUGAGUUGUUCCAAUGAAUGGAUUUACAUUGAGAUUUUUUUUUUUUUUUUACACUUGUUGAUUUCCACAAAUUCAAUCCGCAGUCAAGUAACAAGAUAACUCAACCACAAGACAAGAACAAGGCGGAUUACGUCUUUCCAAAUAAUUCAAUUAUCCAUUGGUGCUAUUGUUACAACAGGUUGAUCUGGGAUCUUCUCAUUGAAUUGAGUGAAGAGGAAGUAAUUGGGGGAUUUCCAUCUCUAUUCAAGAUCACUUGGAAAAUAUAUACAAGGACAAUUAUUCGACGGGGCUAUCCAGCGCUGUGGCUCCGUCUCUUUUGCGCUCAGACUUAUCAACAAGGGCUUUGGCUGCAGUGUACACAGGAUGCCUCAAAAAGGGAGAAUAUAUUAACUAGUGAGAAGCAGAUGAGAGAGUCUUUAAAUUGUUUUAAGCGGACAGUCCACACUGUUUCCAGAAUACUAUAACCGGGCCACGUGGGAAUCUGGCGUUGCGUCCAUGAUGCAAAACAAGGUGUAUGACAUCUGUAACGAAGGUCACAGCGGAGUGAAUCAGCUUGGCGGAGUGUUCGUCAACGGCAGACCCCUGCCCGACUCAACCAGACAGAAAAUAGUCGAGCUUGCUCACAGUGGCGCGCGGCCGUGCGAUAUAUCCAGGAUUCUGCAGACCCAUGGUGAUGCAAAAGUCCAAGUGCUGGACAAUGAAAACGUGUCAAACGGCUGUGUGAGUAAGAUUCUGGGCAGAUACUAUGAAACUGGCUCCAUCAGACCAAGGGCGAUCGGGGGUAGCAAACCAAGAGUAGCAACUCCCGAGGUGGUCGGAAAAAUUGCCAUAUACAAGAGGGAGUGCCCGUCAAUCUUCGCGUGGGAAAUUCGUGACAGACUGCUUUCAGAGGGGGUCUGCACAAACGAUAAUAUACCCAGUGUAAGUUCAUUGAGUGUGUCAUCGAUAAACAGAGUACUGCGCAACCUGGCUAGCGAAAAGCAACAGAUGGGCGCAGAUGGCAUGUAUGAGAAGUUGAGAAUGCUGAACGGUCAGACUGGGACGUGGGGUACCCGGCCGGGCUGGUACCCCGGAACCUCAGUGCCAGGACAGCCCAACACAGAUGGUUGCCCACCGUCAGACGGCGGAGGUGAGAACACUAAUUCAAUAAGUUCGAAUGGAGAAGACUCUGAUGAGACCCAAAUGAGACUUCAGCUGAAAAGAAAAUUGCAAAGGAACCGCACUUCGUUCACACAAGAACAGAUAGAAGCGCUUGAGAAAGAGUUUGAAAGAACUCACUAUCCAGAUGUUUUCGCAAGAGAAAGACUUGCUGCAAAAAUUGACCUCCCAGAGGCCAGAAUACAGGUGUGGUUUUCAAAUAGAAGGGCAAAGUGGAGGAGAGAGGAGAAACUCCGGAAUCAAAGGCGGCAAGCCAGUAACUCCUCCAGUCACAUCCCUAUCAGCAGCAGUUUCAGCACCAGUGUCUACCAGCCCAUCCCACAGCCCACGACACCAGGUUGGAUAUCGUUCUCGUCAGGAUCCAUGUUGGGAAGACCAGACACAGCCCUUACAAACACAUACAGUGCCCUGCCACCUAUGCCAAGCUUCACCAUGGCCAACAACCUGCCUAUGCAAGCUCCUGUGCCCAGCCAGACCUCCUACUCCUGCAUGCUGCCCACCAGUCCCUCAGUCAACGGGCGGAGCUACGACACGUACACCCCUCCUCAUAUGCAGGCACAUAUGAACAGCCAGUCAAUGGCAGGUUCAGGAGGCAACUCAACAGGUCUCAUCUCUCCUGGAGUAUCUGUUCCUGUCCAAGUGCCAGGCAGUGAAGCAGACAUGUCCCAGUACUGGCCCAGGCUACAGUAGAGACACGACUACCGUCAACGUGUGACUCCUCGGAUAUUGUCUUGAACGAAGAGGCUGUCCAGCAGUAUUUAAUUACAGACAAGAGAAAAUAGACUCUAAAAGACACUAUUUUGUACUGGGAUUGUGCCAUUCUCUAUCAUUCUUUGGAGGCAAAGAUUUGAAAAAGAAAAAAAGAGAAAGGACUUCUGUAAAGUGCCCGGUGUAACAUCCUUGUUGGGGGGAAAAAAUAUCUCUGUUCUCCGUUUCCAACUUAUGUCAUUUUUGGUGUAUUUGUAUAUGGCCAUUUGUAUGUCAUAAUGAAAAAACAACAACGUGGAUGGACUGUGAAACUGAGUUGUUCCUUGCUUCUGCUGAAAAGAAGAUCAUUUGUGAAGAAUUUUCUGCCAUUAAUAGUUUUUGUCAACGUAUAUCAAGAAGCUCUCCCAGUCUGUGUACAGAAUGUGGACUCUGGUGAAACAAGUUUGUAUCAUUCAAAGGCAGAGCUGGACCAGCAGGUACCAGCUGGGUACGAGAAGCCCAUUUCUCUGUUCUUUUCUUUUCCAAAGCUUUCUGGCAGAAUCAUUGUAAAUGGAAAGCAUUAACCGCUAAAAAAAGAGGUGAAAAAAACAAUUGGUAGCUAAAAACUGUAGAUUGUGUCUUCGAUAUAAUUCAGUUUGUUAUGUCGAAAUGUAAGUAUUGGUCUUCCCUAGCAGUCUCCCGGACACAAUUUCUAUAAUAAAGUUAAUUUCAUUUAUAUU